UCCGGUCUGAACAGCCGGCAGGAUUGAAGGAAGAAUCUGGAGUGUACCCAUACUUAUGUCGUUUAUUUUUAAACACUUUUGACUUGGUUUUAUUCGUGCAGACGCAAUGACUUUCGAUGUGCGGAGGUUCGAUAUCUACAGGAAAGUGCCCAAAGAUCUUACUCAGCCGACAUAUACUGGAGCUUUCAUUUCAAUAUGCUGCUGCGUCUUCAUGUUGUUUCUCUUUCUCUCAGAACUGACGGGAUUCAUCGCUACAGAAAUAGUAAAUGAACUGUAUGUGGAUGACCCUGAUAAGGACAGUGGGGGGAAGAUAGAUGUGAGUUUAAACAUCAGUUUGCCAAACUUACACUGUGAUUUGGUGGGUUUGGACAUCCAGGAUGAGAUGGGGCGGCAUGAAGUGGGCCACAUAGAGAAUUCAAUGAAAGUGCCUCUAAACAAUGGUCACGGGUGCCGCUUCGAAGGGGAGUUCAGCAUUAAUAAAGUUCCAGGAAACUUUCAUGUGUCAACACACAGUGCGACUGCUCAGCCUCAGAGCCCUGAUAUGACCCACGUCAUCCACAAACUCGCCUUCGGGGAGAAGCUUCAGGUGCAGCAUGUCCAGGGGGCUUUUAAUGCAUUGGGUGGAGCCAACAGACUUCAGUCCAAUGCUUUAGCGUCUCAUGAUUACAUUCUCAAGAUCGUCCCUACGGUUUAUGAGGACCUGGGAGGGAAGCAGAGAUUUUCCUACCAGUACACCGUGGCAAACAAGGAGUAUGUGGCAUAUAGCCAUACAGGACGCAUCAUCCCGGCGAUAUGGUUUCGGUAUGACCUGAGUCCAAUCACAGUAAAGUACACAGAGAGGAGACAGCCGUUCUACCGCUUCAUCACUACGAUUUGCGCCAUCAUCGGUGGGACGUUCACGGUGGCCGGCAUCAUCGACUCCUGCAUAUUCACGGCCUCUGAAGCCUGGAAGAAAAUCCAGAUUGGGAAAAUGUCAUGAGUACUCAUAACUACGCACCAUGCCUUUUUUAUUUAAACCAGCCAAACCUCUGCACACCCUUCAUUGCACCUUGUUAUUAUGACCCACACUACCUGGAAAACAUUUGGAUAGACUGGUUUUGAUAUAAGGAAUUACAGGGAUUUCUUUGGGGUAUGUAGGUGGUUUUCUUACUUCGCUGCCAUAUUAAUUCACCCACAACUUACAUAGAACUGAUGUGGAAAGAACCGGCGCCAGGGUUUCCUCAUUUCACUACACGUGAGUGCAUAGUGUUACAUACAAGGCAUAGUGUCACUUCGAUUGAGAUUUUAAAUAGAAUUCUCCUUAAAGAGAAAUAAUCACUGAAUUGAUCCAGUGUGUACCUUCACAGGAACUGAGCUUUUUACCGAGUCCCGCUUGAUAUGAUGGGGUUUCACGAAACCCGUCAAGGAGCACGUCUUGUUUGAUUUCUGGGGUCAUAUUGUGCCUCGAAAUGGACAGAAAUGAUAUUGUAAAAAUAUUUUUGCAUUGCGAUUCAUUUGUUAAACGCAUUUCUCCCAAAUUUCAUUAUAUAAAUAAUAAUAAUAAUGUAUUAUUUAAAGUGAGUUUGCACAUCACAGAAGUAUUUUUGCCUUUUAAUAUGUGCCGAUUUGAAUGAUUUUACUGCAUUUUUACAGCAUUGCAUUACACUACCGGGAAUUAUCAUUGAGGAUUACGUCCACAUGCUUUAUGGAAACGUGAGUUCGGGGUUAAAUGCGUUUGAUUAUCAUGAAAAUGUCACAAUCCAAGCAAUUUUAAUGUUUCUAAAAUCAGAUUUCUUUUAAUUUGGGGGUGGACUAUGAGCUGUGCGUAUUUCAUGAGAUGAACCUGUUUGUUUCAAAGAAGUGGAUGCUGGUCUUCUUUGGGUUUAAUGAAGUAACGUGUAUUCCCACUUUGUCUUUCCAUGUUACAUUUUGGUUGUCUUGCAUUCUCUUGUCAUUCUUGGUUACAGACCUGUAUAUAUAUAUAUAUAUAUAUUUUGAUUGAUUGAAGGGAAAUUAUGAAUGUUCUUUUUUAGCCAAAAGACUUUUGAAGGAAUGCUUUUUGUUCAUUUCCGUGUCUCUGAAGAUACUUUGUGGAUUAACGGUACUUUUUAUUUCCCCAGUCCAUAAUGUUUAAUGGUUAACCGUUUAUUGUUUUGAAGAUUAGGCUGGAAAUGUGUUGUUUACGUCUCGUCGAGCGUUCCCUUUCAACACUGCUGUAAAGAGGCUGAAUAAUUUCCUGUCGGUGUUCUAAAAUCUGGUCGCACUGGUUACACAGGACUGUUCCACAUGAAAACAAGCUAUGCGUCAAAUGUGUGAUGUGUCUUUGCCACAAGUUGACAUAGCAACGGAACUGUAUUUUCACUACAUUUAAUGAGAACAGAAACCAUAACCUAAUUUUCAGUUUCGUGGCUCAAGCUACUUUGAAACAUAAUGAUCUUUUUAGUUAAACCUAAUUCAAACGAACCAUUACUGUUGAGUUUUUACGUUUAUUUUAGCCCUACUUAUUCAAAUUGCUGUGAUCAUCUGGGCUGUCUCUGUUUACCAUGGGCAGAAUAAACCACAGCAACAGUUGCUUUGAUUGGUGUUUGGUUAUAUUUUCAUAAGGCUAUUUUUUUUUGUUAAAGUGUACGAUAAUAUUGAAAAGGAGUUGAAAUAAACAUUAUGGAGCCGUUAAA